GGUUCUUCCACAUCAGCGUUGUGAUUCGACCAGGACCAAAACUUGCUAUAUAAAUGGAAACAAGUUAAUUAGCUGGCACAGUCAAUCAAUAAUCAAUCACUGAAGUGAGCAUUUCAUUGGGAGCUAUCCAAUCAAGCAAGAACUUCUUCAUUGAUUGUAAAGUAGUGGAAACAGCAGCAAAAUGAAGAUUUUCCUACUGAGCCUUUUAGUCAUUGGAACUCUUGCUAAAGACAAGAUCAAGGAUAAAGGCAUUAUACAUGACUUGCUUUACAAAGACACAAAUGUCCUUAACUUCGGUGAUGUUUGCAAGUUGAAGAUUCAUCAGCGUCUCAGCACCCUCAAUGUAGACCUAACACAACGCCAUCUCAUUGACGAAAUCUUGGUGAACGUUGACCGCUGCGUGACUUCAUGCACCGAUGACUACAAGAUCGGCAAAGACGUGGCUAAAUACCGCUACUGCGUUGGGAACUUAAUGGCCAUUACAUUGGGGCAGGUUGACUUCUUAGAACGCAACAACUUGCUCAACAACGUCGGCGAACUCGAUAAUCUCGUCAAUCGCUUGAGGCAAUGCGACGUUUUCUUCCGGGAUACCGACUUCAUGAACACCAACAGAAACCUUGACUGGCGCCUCAACCAAGCAACCAAUGUCUGGGGUAUUAAUCGCAACCUAGGAACAUUUGGAACGGACCGCGACCUCAUAACCAACCGUGAUUUGGUAAAUCGCGACUACACUACCGGCCGCGGUACUGACAAGCUCUUCGAUACUAAUAUUAAUAAGGGAGUAGGCGGACUUGACCGUGGAGAUACCUAUGGACGUGGAGUUUUCCAGGGCGAUUUGACAGGACGUAGUGAUGUUUAUGGACGCGGUAAUAUUUAUGGACGUGAUGACAUUACAGGACGCGGAGUUGGCGGCUUGAAAACUGGAGGUAUAGGUGGUGUGGACAAUGACUGGAAUAAGGACCGUACGUAUGGACGCUACCAAAGAAGCUUAAACUAUGAUAACAGAUUGGACACAACAGGUAAUGACCUCGGAGUUGUAGGAUGGUACAGAGUCAUCUAUGGUGUGAUUGGCGAUGAUGAUCGUGACACUGUUAACUAUGGAAAUGAUAACGUCUACGGAGUCAAUCGAUAUGAUAAAGAUAUCUACGGCCGCCAAGGGAUUUUGGGAAGGGACAGACAAAACUAUGGAGUCCGUGGUUAUGACCUUAACGUCGAUCGAGACAUAACAGGACACAGAAACUGGAACCAAUUGGUUACUGGUGGAGAACGUGAUAUUUAUGGACGUAGGACUGGUGCCUAUAAUACCGACUACAAUUUGAAUACACAAGGACGUACCUACUACGAUAAUAAAUACGGUUUAGGUGGCCGUGACCGCGGUAUUGAUAACUUGGUUUAUUGAACUUCGCCGAAACUGCUCAACAUCAUGGAAACCAUCUAAAAUAUGCCAUAUUCCUUAAAACUCGUACAACUCUGCUCGCAAUGUUCUAGAUAAAUAAUUAAUUAUUAUUUCCAUCUGUGAACAUUUCUAUAUCUAACUGUAAUGCAGUUAAAUAAACAGCAAUCAUUAAAAA